CUGUGGCUCGCUGACCCUCAGAAGAAGGGAGCUCCAUUAAGUCUUCCAUGGGAUUGUCCAUUAUUUUGAGAGAAAUCAAGUUCUCAGAAUUAUCAACUAUUGUUUUUCUACAGGAUACUUUUACACCAUGUACCUUGGCUCGAUUAAGAAACAACGAAAGCCUGGCAAAAUUUUUAGUAGACAAGAGAGACCAGAUACUGAAAGCUGAUGAACUGAAGAGACUGAAACGUAAAAAACGGAAGAAAAAAGUUAGAAUACAUCUUCCAACAGAAGAUUCAGGACAGCUUCAGUUGAUCUUGGAUGGUACAAGUUUGGUCACUGAAGAAGCUGAUAAGCAGAAAGUCAUCAGGUUGCAAUUAGCAGAAAACCUGAAUGACAGUUGGGUGCAUGCAUCAGAAGACCAGAUUCAAAGUGUGGUUCAUGCUUCAGAAAGUGGAAAUCACAGUGCAAUUCAUGUAUCAGAAAACCUGAAUCCCAGUUCAGCAUACACAUCAGAAAAUGAGAGUCAGACUGAGGUGCCUGCAGUUCUAAACCUGAUGAACAGUGUGGUGCAAGAAGCAGAAAACCCGAACCACAGUGCUGCAGCCCUAGUUCUACAAAAACAGGAUGGAAAAACUGAAGAGCAACCUGUUCCUGUUGAGGAGAAUCGAGAAGAUGAUGGACUGAACUCUGUAAAACUGAAAAUAAAAGUUGAACCGGAACAUCCAACAGAAGAUUCAGAACAGCCUCAGGUGAUCUUGGAUGGUACAAGUUUGGUCACUGAAGAAGCUGAUAAGCAGAAAGUCAUCAGGUUGCAAUCAACAAAAAACCUGAAUGACAGUUGGGUGCAUGCAUCAGAAGAUGAGCUUCAAAGUGUGGUUCAUGCUUCAGAAAAUGGAAAUCACAGUGCAAUUCAUGUAUCAGAAAACCUGAACCUCAAUGAACAGUGUGGUGCAUGA